AUGCUGCUCCGGAUGUUCCUCGUGUGGGCGUCCAUGGUGCUCUUCUUUGCCGCCAACGCGCUGAUGUCGUCCACGUUCAUCGAGCAGGGCACAACCAUGGACAACCACGUCGGGCCGUUCACCGUUCCGCCCGCGUCCCUCGCCACCUUCGAAGUCAUCAGCGUCAUGGUCUGCAUCCCCCUCUACGACGCCGUGCUGGUGCCUCUAGCCCGGCGGGCCACAGGCAAGGAGCGAGGCCUGUCGCAGCUGCAGCGGCUGGGCAUCGGCCUCGGGCUGUCCGUGGCCGGCAUGGUAUACGCAGCGCUGGUUGAAGGGAGGCGGUUGUCUCUCGCCCGUAGCACGGCAGCGAGGCAGCCGUCGAUGAGCAUCAUGUGGCAGGCGCCGGCAUUCGCAGUGCUUGGCGCGGCGCAAGUGUUCACGAACAUCGGCAUCCUUGAGUUCUUCUACGAUCAGUCGCCGGACGGCAUGAAGAGCCUUGGCACGGCCAUUGCGUACCUAGCUGUCGCGGCCGGCAGCUACUUCAACUCUGCAGUGCUUGCUGCCGUCGCCGCCGUCACGACGCGCAACGGGAAACCAGGGUGGAUCCCCGACGACCUCAACAAGGGGCACCUGGACUAUUUCUUCUGGUUAAUGGCUGUUCUUGGCGUGGUGAACCUGCUGUACUUCCUGCAUUGCUCCAUUGGGUACAGAGGCAACAAGAACAACACAUAA